AUGGAUCUGGCGUCUGACAUGCGGCGCAUGCUGUCGCGACUCCAAGAAGAGGGUGGUUUGGGAGCCUUUGGAAUCAAUGACGUCGAAUCGAUUGCGAAGGACUUUGAAGGAAAGCUCGGAGGGGCAAACAACCCUGAAGAGAUGAUGGAGAAACUGGACGAUUACAUCAAGGACUUAGAAAACCAGCUUGAGGCUGCGGGAUUCGACGUCAGCGAAUUCGACGAUUCGAACCCCGUAGCAACCAUGGAUGUCAUCGAGGCGACAGCUCGCGAGGACCCCUCGAAACGCAAGAAGCACACUCCGAUUCCGCAGAUCCCCGAAAACGUAUGGAGUUUCAACCAGCGAAAACGCAUCACACGACUCAACUCUCUCCUCUCACGAACGACUAAGGAAAUAAGAAGGGGCGAGAACGUCACUGCAAAAACCGUUCAGUCAGUGUGGAAGGCGUAUAGUGCAGCGCGGCAGUCUUUGGCAAAGGCAUGGGCGCAUGUUCCUCAAGAGGUGUGGAACCUUCUUUGGGAGGUUUUGUCACUGGACGAGGCCCAGAACGCUAGCCGGCUCACCUAUCUCUCGCUGCUGGCAAGGGAUAUGAGUGAGGCCAAGGUUGCCCUGAGCCCAUCACAACAGCUUGUGACAGUGGAAGCCAUGUUUGUAGACGGAUGGGAGGCUAAGGCCAUUGAGAGCUGGAAGCGAUGUAUUUCGACCCUCGGUGACGGUGGCGCCGACACUUUCCAGGAAUUUUGGGAGCUCGGAGUGCGCAUGUUUUGCCAACAAGGGGACCUUGGCCAAGCAGAGCGCGCGGUCAACAAGUUGCUGGAGCGUCAGCUCGACCCUCGUAUCCUGAUGCCAUACAUCAGAAGCUGCGCUGCAAACCCUACGAACGAAGCAAGAACGAAGGCAUGGGACGCUUACCGACGCAUGAGAGACCUUCUCGGCACAUCCAUGGGGCUUGAGGACUACGACCAGGUCAUCUCCUUCUUUUUGACGACAAACCAGACGGAACCGGCUCUACAAGCCUUUGUCGACAUGAUGAGCUCUGGGACGGUGGAGCUGAAGGGACGCCAACACUUGCCAUCCCAGAUCGGCAACAAGUUCUUCUUCGGCAAGUGGUUGAAACGACUCAUCGGUGCCGGGGACCUUGAUGGAGCGCACAGCGUCUUCAACUUCAUGCGCUCCAAGGGCAUUGAGGCAGCUACUAUCCAGGUAAAUGGGCUCAUCGGUGCUUGGCAGAGAUCUGGCGGUGCCGACAAUCUGGAAAAGGCGGAUAAGCUGGCAUGGGAUAUGAUUAAUGCCCGCAUCGAGUUCGUCUGCAACAGACGUCGUCUGUCUUCCAUGGAAGGACCAGUUCGCAUUGUCGAAGUUCCUGGAAAUGGCAAGCUGGGCGCCAUGCCGAAGGCUACACUCGAGACGUUUUCUCUGCUCGCCGAAAACUAUCGCAUUCGACGCUUGCCGAAAGAAAUGGAGAAGCUCUGGGACGCCUUUAGAGAAGCCGAGAUUAGCCCAGAUGCGUUCAUGAUGAACCAGUUGCUGGAGUCGUACUCCCAGAAUGGUAACGUCUCCGAGGCAAGGGAACUCUACCGAACGCUGGUGUACGAGCGCCAGGUAAAGCCGGACCCGUACACCUUCAUGGCAUUGUGGAAGAUGCUGGGGGCGAACAGGCUGCACAACGUCACCGGCGAUGAGCUGGCCAACGAAGUCAGGAUCACGCGCGAGACCUUUGCGGAAACAGUCCGUUUCUCGCCCGUAUUCGAAGCCGACGGUCUCGACGGCCAGCUCGCGCGGAAGAUCUUGCACACAUUCCGCCGACUCAAGGACAACCUGGGCAUCGUCACUGCGCUGCAAGCCUUCAAGGACGUCUUCGAGUUUACGCCGCCCGAGGUGCUGGCUCUCGAGAUGCUGCUCGAGACCACCAGUCUUGCGUGGGAGACUGCCCAAGCGAGACAGAAACUUCGUCUGGUGAAGCGCAGGAUUGAUACGCACGUCGAGAACCGGCAGAAAUUGCUCGGUCGCUCGAUGACACUGGACGAGAUGACGCCCAAGCAGCGCGGCGAGGAGCUCUCGCAUUAUAUGCAGACAGUGUACAUGCAGGACGUUGGCCCUGUCCCGGAGAGCCACAUGGCACAGGUGGCCAAGGAGAUGGGCGUGUACGAUGUUUUGGCGGAAAAGGCCUAG